AUGAGGGGGCGUGAUUCUGGGAACCAAGGGCUCGAGGUUGACGAACAAGGCGCAGCGACGGGAGCACGUGAGGGUCAUGAAGGCGGCAUGACUCGUUUCGUUGAGAAGUUGGGGUACACCGAUCGCAGCUCCCACUGCCAUGAGAUUCGAAGCAUGCGUUUCGUGAAGAGGCUAGAACUCCUGGUGGUUGUUGAGGGAACAGCAAUACUCAAGAUCUACACUCCCGGGCCGCUCAAAGUGCGACAGAUCGAGCCCGCUAUCGCCAUGCGAAAGCUCAUCAUAGACACCAAGCGGUCCACACGCAUAGCGGGACCAAAGGGAAAGUCUCGGAGUGCUACUCAUAGAGCGGCGAGUGCUCUACCACCCGCGAACGGAACCGAGGAGAGCAUGGCGGUUCUUGCAAUGGACUUCAUCGGGCGCGACAACCAAGCAGCAGUAUCUUGCGCCGACGGGUAUCUGACCGUGUGGGAUUUGGAAACCUGUAAGCUGCUGCGACACACCCGCCUGAGGGACGUGCAAGUGGGGCUCCGAUUCUGCCGUUCCAUGGACGUCCUGACGUCUUGGGGCGUGAACGAAUUCAACCAUGAAAUCAUCGUGUGGGACGUGGACAAGCUUACGGUUCUGCAUGUGUUGGACGGGCACUGCGAACCAGUCAAGGACAUCUGCGAGGUCGCCGCCCCACCACUCGCGGGAAACCCCGAAUCCGCAGAGAAACCGUGGGACCCUAUCCUUGGUGAGGAUACGGUUGUUCUGACAGCUGGCAUGGACCGCAAGGUCGUGCUGUGGAACCUCCGACUAGAGAAAGCAGCAAAAAACCUCGCACCAAAGAAGCUGUCCGUGUUAGUCGGACACUACCACGGCGUCCUGUCGCUCGCCUACUCGAGCGAGCAUGACCUCAUCCUGUCGGCGGGGUUCGACUUCGACGCCAGGUGCUGGGACCGCAGCACCAGCCACCUGCACAUGAAGCUCGUGGGACACCGCCACUCCCUCAUCGGCGUCGUCAUCGUGGAGCACGAGACGCAGCGCGCCGUCACCGGGGACGAGAGCGGGGCCUUCCGCGUCUGGGACAUCCAGCGGGGGCACUCCGACCACGGCACGUGCCUCCAGUCCUUCUCCCUCCGAAACGCGCGAGUUUCACCCCGGACGAUGGCCGUCGUGUGGAAGGAGGGCCUCGUCGUGGCCGGGAGCAAGAUGCACGUGUUUCGGGCGGCGCCCACCCCCAAGGUUGAGGCAUCCCCGCUCGGCGCCUGGUUCUCCUCCUACACCGGCGAGCUGUGCGUCGUGCUUCGGGAGGCGGUCUGGUUCGACGCGGCGACUGGGAACCCCAAGAGGCGGACGUUCGGGCCGACCCACGGCCGCGAGAUCACGGCCUUCUGCAUGGACGCGCGGCAUAAGAAGGCGGUGGUGGGCGACCAGCGAGGCGGGCUGCGCGUGUACGACGGCGUCACGGGCAGGUGGGUAAUGUCGGCCAACCCCCACCGCUCGGAGGUCUCGGCGCUGCUCUUUGUCGAGGAAGACAACGCUUUCAUCAGCGCCGGGUGGGACGGGAUGAUUCAGGUGCACGACGCGCGGAUCCAGUCCUUCUCCGCGACCCGCUGGAAGGCGAAUCGGAGACAGGAAGAGGGGGAGCAGGAGCCCGUCGGCCACCGGUGCGCGUUCACGCUAAGGUCCGUCGUGAACGCCCACGAGGGAAACAUCACGCUCAUGGGGGCGUCCGCGCGACUCGGACUGAUAGCGACGGCGUCGAGCGACCUCACUGUGCGGCUGUGGGACUACGGGCUGCUCCGGCUGGAGGAGGUCAUUGUGGCGCACAGACAGGAAAUCACGUGCGUACGCUUCCUCGACCCACUCCCCUGCUUAGCGACGGCAGAUAUGACGGGGAAAGUCCUCAUCUGGGCCACACGCCCCCACCCAAAAGGCGGAGCGCUGCUGUUGAUGGUACGAAACACCGUCAUCACGGCAGGGGACACCGCGCCCAAGGCUGCAGGCGGCGGCGGCGGCGAUGAAAGGCGGGCCCGGCAGGUGCUGCCGACCCCGGUCACUUGCAUGGCGUUCCGCCACCACACAGCUGCCGAUAGCGAUCCCGCUGACAUCGCCGCCGCGAAGAAGCCGGUGGUGGCCAGAGGAAAGGAAAGCACAUCAGUUCCGGACUGUGGGGACAAAGAAGGGUCGGACAAACAAGGGUCGAUCCGACAGGGACCGCAACCGCUGCCGGGGCAAGGAGGAGGAACACCGCCGACCACGGAAAUCAACAUGCCUACGACGGCAACGCCGUGGGAGGUCGGCAGCAUACUCUUCACGGGCGACGAGCUCGGAUCGAUCAAGAUUUGGGACCUGACGGCUGUCCUCCUCGACAAGCUCGGGCCGGCAGCGUGCGACGUCGACGGCACGGGGGACAAGGCCGCUGUUCCCCCGUCGUCGUUCGGCGCGGCGUCCCACCACUUCGUUCACUAUCGGCAGGGACCCCUCGACGGCGUGGGGCUGCACACCGCCGUGAGAUUCAGAGAGCUGAUCGACAUCGGGAGGGUGUUGCGCCGGGGGGACCACUUGCAAAGCGAGAAGCUGGAGCCAGACGGUAGCAGAGACGCCCGGCUCCGUCGAGCAGGUCUUGACGACGAGAGCGGUAGCUUCCGUGGCGGGAGAGUGAGGGACAGGCGCCCCCCUCCAGCCGAAGCGAAAUCGUCCGCUGACAGCGGCAGCCUGAGCACCGGUAGCAUCGCCGGCAACUCUCGCGAUUGCUCUCCGACCGCCAGACGCAAGCAAGGGCUUCUUCUCGGCGUGGAUCGCAAGCCCAGGGGACGGGGGGCAAUGGGGGCCUCAAACCCGUCCUUGUCGUCUUCGUUAUCGUCGAGAAGCGUGCCCGGUGCUUACGACAGCCAGCGCCGGCCGGCCGGGCCGAAAGAGCAGGCGGAGGCAUCCCUCAACGCUAGGCCCGACGACAUUGACCCCGUAUUUUCGUGGAAGGGUCACGAUGACAGCAUCACCUCCAUGCAGAUAGUCUCCACCCCUCCCUGUGUCCUCACCGGCUCGCUCGACAGCUCGGCGCGCCUCUUCUCCUUGGGUGGCGUCCUGCUCGGGGUCAUGGCGGAGAGGAAAAACGUCGCGGGGGCGGCGGCGCGCCCUUGGCGCUUCGAACCUCCGCCGAACGGGCGAAACGCCGAAGCGAGCGCACGAGCUACGACCCUUGAACAGAGGCUGAAAGCCGUUCGCCAAGAAGAACGCCAACCGGUGCCUGCGGCUGUUGGUUGUGGUCGUCCGAGGAGCUCGGAGCCGCCAACAUACCGAUGCGGCGACCUGUCGAGCCCCCUGUCCAAGGCUCCAGCCAACGGCUCAUUGCUCGGGGUGACUUCUACGGCCUCCGACCGCGGCCCGACGGGGCCAACACGGAAGGCCAGAACGGACACGACGCCGACAUCACCUGGUGAUCCCCUCAGCAAGGCACCAACAGAGAAAGGGAGAUCUGUUGCCGUCGAAACCAAGGACUUGUUGCGAACGCAGUCGGCGAUCUCCGCCGCGUGUUUGUCAAGGAUCGAGGAGCUCACGCAGAUGCGAGUGGCGACGACGAUGGCCGCAGACUCCGACGCACGAAGCGAGAGCCUGCAAGCGGCGGAGGAGGACAUCAAGGAGCGGCUCUUGAGCGAAGCUCAAGAGGGGUGGAAGCACCAACUCCGGGGGGGCGCUGGUCAGUCGCGGCCGCCUUCUGCCGCUAGCAGGCAAGGACGCCACGGCUACCACCACAACGCACGGCCGUCGCGAGGGGAUUCGGAGCCACCACUCUCGCCCGCGCAGAAGGUGCCACCGAACCUGAGUGCCGAACAGGAGAGGAAGCACGCCAAGCGAACGCGAUCUGCGUUGCAGUUCUUGUCCGAUAGCAUCACCCGCACACACAGCGGCACAGGUACUGGGACGGCUUUCCUGUCGCCCUCAGAAUUCCAACCGCAGGAGAUCGAGGCGGUAGAGGGCCCGCGGGUGACCGGACGUACUGUCCGUUGCGGCGUCAGGCCGUUCACGUCCCCUGGGCCACGACGGGAGGAUCUAACCGAGAAGGGUAAGGUGGUGACGCGCGGCGAUUCCGCUACGACUGCGUUGUCGGAGUCAAAGGCGAUGUCCCCCGCGUCAAAACUCAGGCAAAGCGUGAUGGCUGUGGCACCAUGCCUUGCCCUGCGGUUGGGGGCGCCAAGCAACACAGUGCCCCCCCUCCGUCAAACACGUGAAGACGGGGUAGAAGGAGAAGGUGAACGAGAGGCUAACGGAGAGAGCCGAAUCGCCGGGCAAGCAGGAAAACGUCAAGGCAUGCCUCUGACCCAAAGGUCGGCCAUGCCCUUGACUCAGAGAUCAACACCGAACGUGCUUCCCACUCAAAGGUCGCUUCUUAAUCUCGCUUCGGCUAGGUCGAACAUUUCGAACAGAUCGAACUUGUCAACCAGACCCACCGUCUCGACGAAAGCCGCUGUCGCCAAGAGAAUGGCCGCUGAUCGCCGACGCCGGCGCAUGGAUUACAUACUGGACGGCGUUCGCCGGAUGGGGCAGCGCGAGGGGAUGGUUGCCCAGUUGCCAACUUCCUCCCCGCGGGCGGGAGAGGAGGAGGAGGAGGAGGAGGAGGAGGAGGAGGAGGAGGAGAAGCAGACGAAGGGGGGGUGGGGUUCCGCCGAUUGCGACGGCAGGGGAACCGGAACCGUCGUUAUAUCUACCCGCGUCAAGGAGGUGCUAUCUAGGUUCGAACGGUCAGUCAACGACAGUGAUUGCCGUGACAGCUUGCCCGACGACGAAGCCGACCAGAAGGUCAGGGUCAUGCGCCGACAGCUCGACGCCCGCAUCGCGGCCAGGCAGGAAGCGAUCAGGCACAACGAGAGGUACCGACGGGCUCAGAGGUACGACUUGGUAACCUUGCAGGAGACUCAGCAGCGGCGGCACGAGGCGAUGGUGGGGCUGACCGGGCCCAGCGGGGAGCGCUUCGGCCCGUACACCCUCGACGACGUCCUCGAGUUCCAGGUGUUCGCCAACCACCUGAACGCACAGGGUGCCGAGCACUUCACCGUCCGGAGCCUGGUUGAAAACCCCGACAUUCAAGCGGAUCCGUAUUCUCACGCCCUGCUGCAGGAACUCGCGAGAUCGCGGGUGCUUCAAUGGAACCGGCCUCUGUCGUUGGAGGACCUCAUGCAGUUGGCUUUCCAUUUUGCAAAGCACGACGAGGCCAAACGGAUGGUAGCCAUCAUGGACAUCGCUGUACUUCUGGAGCGACUGCGAGACGCGUUCUUGGCCGACAAGAAUUCCUUGGUGGGAAAAAACGAGUCGUUGCCUCUCCAUUUCAUCAACGACAUCGACAUGGCCUUCCGGGCGACGAGUGCCGAGGCGUGCGGCACCUGUACCAUGAAAGAGCUUCAAGUUGUCAUGGCCCGAGUAGGUUCAGACCUGUUCUCGUGUGGACACGAGGAGUUGGACCGCUUGGCUGCGCAGUGCGGUGUGGUGGACGGGCACAAGGAGCUGACGGCCGACGAUUUUAUCGCCAUCAUCGCCAAGCUAGUUUCGCUCCAGACUACCAACACGAAGGCGGCGGGUACCCAUCCAAGGGAGACUAAAACCACGUAA